AAGAGUGCAACUAGAGAGGCUGAUCCCAGCUCUUUGAGAACGAAAAUAAUAAGCUGUGUGUUCUUGGCAGAGGAAGUGAAACUCGUUGCUUGCAACAAAGAGCCAGCAAGUUAGCGCGCUCAAUGAAAAGAAACCGAAAUCAAUGAACACUUAAUUAAUAGUCGCGAGGAUAUGCAGGUAGCUGCCGGUCUAAUUUAUGAAGGAAGUGUGUGCGGAGAAAGUCCGAACGAGAUAACAAGCAACACGGUCAAUUACUCAGCUGCAAAUGUGGAGCAUUUAAAAGUGCAGCAAUGACCUUUGCCAAUCAAUCAGUGCAAAUCUCGAUUCCCACAGUGCUUUGCCUUGCCGUUAGAGAGUGAUCAGACGCAUUUGCGCCUUUUAUGCAGCGCUUUUAGCACUUAGCAGGAACGAGAGGACUUAUGAAGUGAAAGUGGUUGGGCGGCUCCGGCUGGAGGAGCGGAUGGAUUAUUGCUGCUUGGCCAGCACGAGGCAAUAGGAUUCGACUCAUUUGGCCCAGCGCGCGAGCCGAGAGCGAGCGAACGAGCGAGCGCCAGCGCUUGUGUACAAUCACCACGGACGUUUUAUUCUGUGCUUCUUUUUAACAUGCUUGCUUUUGUGUCUUGUGCGACGACUAUAAAGGUGCGUUUUGCUCCGAUUCGCUAAAUCAAAAGUGCAGUUGUUACAGCUUCAUUAUCAAACUUUUGUAACAAUAUUGGAUAAUAUGGCUUCAAGAAGUGAGAGCAGUAUGCAAAUCUCGGAGACAACUUCUUCGGAGCGGCCGACCAGUAAAUCUGGAUGCUGUUCGAUGCCUAGAAGGUACUUAGUCGCGUUUUUAGCGUUCCUUGGAUUCUGGAACGUUUACGCUCUGCGAGUCAAUUUGAGCGUGGCCAUUGUCGCGAUGACCAGCAAUUACACAGUUACUCUGGACAACGGUACCGUCAUUCAGAAAAGAGACUUUGAUUGGGACUCCAAGACAAGAGGACUUUUACUCAGCUCCUUUUUCUAUGGUUACAUAAUCACCCAAAUCCCGGGUGGUUGGCUAGGAGCAAGAGUCGGAGGCGCCCUCCUUUUCGGUGCCGGAAUAGCGUCCACCGCGCUUUUGACCCUUUUAACGCCUUUAGCAGCUACUGGAGGCGUCACCUUUCUUUUUGUGCUCAGAGUUUUAGAAGGUGUCUUUGAGGGCGUCACAUAUCCAUGUAUUCACGCGGUCUGGGCUAGGUGGGCGCCGCCUAUGGAGCGUAGCAAAUUGGCAACUUUGGCUUUUUCAGGCAGCUACGUUGGCACAGUGGUUGCCCUUCCACUCUCUGGCUACCUCGCAAAGCAUGUUGGCUGGCCUUAUGUUUUCUACGUGUUCGGAUUCAUAGGCUUGGUUUGGUAUGCAGUUUGGGUGGCUGUGGUGAGAGAAGGGCCAGAGCUUGACCCACGCAUCAGCCAGGAAGAGCUGGAAUAUAUCCAGAAGUCACUAGGUCAACAGCCACAAAAAACAAGCCCACCAUGGGGACAGUUCUUCAAAUCAGCACCAGUUUGGGCAAUCAUUACGGCGCACUUUGCCGAAAAUUGGGGAUUUUACACUCUCCUGACACAACUGCCCACCUUCAUGAAAGAUACGCUCGAGUUUGACCUGAAGGACGCAGGAUUAUUGUCUGCUUUACCCUACCUUGCCAUGGCCGCGGUUCUCCAGAUGGCUGGACAUCUUGCUGACUGGCUACGGUCAAAAGAGUUCAUCUCAACGACUGGCGUCAGGAAGCUUUUCAACUGUGGUGCCUUCAUCAGCCAGACAACGUUCAUGAUGCUCGCAGCGUACCUUCUGACUCCAUUGGCAUCCGUGGCUUGUCUCACGGUGGCUGUCGGACUCGGUGGAUUCGCCUGGAGUGGAUUCAGUGUAAAUCACCUUGAUAUCGCACCUCAAUAUGCCAGUGUUUUGAUGGGGCUGUCCAACACAUUUGCGACACUACCUGGCAUCAUUAGUCCGGCACUGACUGGCAUAAUUGUCCAUAGCAAGAGUGUGGAAGAGUGGAAAAUAGUUUUCUACAUAGCCAGCGCGAUAUACUUGUUUGGAGCUGUGAUUUACGCGAUCUGCGCUUCUGGCGAACGACAGCCGUGGGCGAUACUAGACGAACCGAGUCCCGCAGAAGUCAAGAAGAAUGAACACGAUCGCUACAACGGUCUCUACGACUUCAACUCCACAGAACAGCUCAAGCUACCGAGGCCCAAACUGUACCAUAAUGAUAUCAACGAUUUCUAAGCGUAGCCAGAUAAAGCUAAAUCGAUAAUAAUGACAGUAAUGACAGGUGUUUGUGAUAAUACUAUUUGGGUUUCACUUCGCUUGAAGAGUAUUUUUUUCCAAUCGAAUUGAUUAAAAAAUAUAAAAGGAUAUUGAAACCCAUGUUGUUUAUUAAAUCUGCAUGGAACUUGGAUGAUGUUUUGUUCCUCAGAUGAGCAAGGUAACGAAUUUAAAAAAUUCUGGUCAGGCUCAAUUACUUUUGUUUUUGUAAUUCAAACACAAAAGGCAAAUAAAAUAUAUUUUGCAAA